AUGAUUAAUAUGAGAACAGACUAUUUAGACUCUUUAACAAACACUGAUUUUGACCGCUCAGAAGCUCAACAAUUUCGAGGAAAAUGCAGAACUGGUGAACACUCUGGCCCUACAACUGGCUUCUGUAUGAAAUUCGUCCAAGCAAAUCUAGUAAUCCUCCCAAAAUCUUACGCCUACGAUUUUCUCCUUUUCUGCCAAAGAAACCCAAAACCGUGUCCUCUUUUAGAAGUGACUGAACAAGGCAGCUACACCCCUUCAAUCCUCGCCCCAUCAGCUGACCUCCGCACUGAUCUCCCUAAAUACAACAUUUUACAAUCCGGGACCAUCACUGACCAAGUACCAAAUAUCUCAGAAUAUUGGUCAGAAGACCUUGUGUCUUUCUUAUUAGGCUGCUCUUUUAGCUUUGAAGAAGCGUUAUUAUCUGCCAAAAUCCCAGUCAGACAAAUUGAAGAAAAUAAAAAUGUUCCUAUGUACGCUACUUCAAUCCCUUGUAGGGAUUCUGGGGUUUUCAGGAAUUCUAAGCUGGUAGUGUCUAUGAGGCCAAUUCCUGUUGAAAUGGUUAAUGAUGCUAUAAAUGUGACCGCAAGAUUUCCUACAGUCCAUGGAUCUCCUGUGCAGAUUGGUAAGCCAGAGGAAAUAGGGAUUGAAGAUAUUAAUAAAGUAGACUAUGGAGAAAGUGUGACUAUAAAUGAAGGAGAAAUACCUAUAUUUUGGGCAUGUGGGGUAACGCCGAUGAAAGCUAUAAUUGAUGCGAAUUUACCAUUUGCGAUAACCCAUGCUCCUGGGCAUAUGUUUAUCACUGAUAAACUAAAUUCAGAAUUAAAUAUCUUUUCUAUAUAA